GUCAUCUUUUUAUUCGUUGCAAACGUGAUUUUUCUCUCUUCUCUUUCUCUUUCUCUUUUGUAAAAAAAAUCAGGCGACCCUCAAAAUGAAAUUCGCAGCUCAACUUCAGAAAGGUAUUUUUGCUCCUUGGCGUUUAUCGUAUAUCAAUUACGAUGUCUUAAAGACCGAACUUAAGACUAGACAGCUUGAUCAUGGGUGGACUGACCAAGACGAAAAGGAUUUUGUCAGUUUAUUGGAAACUGAAUUGGAAAAGGUCUAUGAUUUUAUUACCGCUAAGCUUGGUGAAGUAGAGGCUAGAAUUAGCUAUUGUGAGAGAACUCUUCAAACUUUCAUGAACAACCCCUCUUGGUCUUCUGAACAAAAUUGGAAUAUUAUGGAUGAUGCUCUUACAGAGGUUCUAUUUGAUGUUAAUGAUCUUGCCAAGUUUACUCGUAUGAACUACAUCGGUUUCCAAAAGAUUCUCAAGAAGCAUGAUAAAUGGACUGGUCUUAGUCUUCAACAGAACUUCAUUCCUCAAUUGCGUGCCAAACCUCUCGAUAAACAACGUUUCGAUGUUGCGAUUGUCUACAUCUCAGCUCUUCAUGAUCUUUGUCGUCUCCAAGGAAAGCCUCGUACAGGUAACUCUGCUGCCGGUGGAGACCAAAAUGCUUUUGAACGUGCAACUGCCAAAUAUUGGAUCCAUCCCGAUAAUGUUACUGAGGUUAAAUCUAUUAUUAUGUUGCAUCUCCCCGUCUUAAUCUUCAACAACGAUAAGAAGUUUGAAGUAUCUGAUUCUGCUAUCUCUAGUAUUUAUUACGAUAAUGAGGAUUUUGAUCUCUACACUGGUCGUCUUCAACGUGAUGAAGGUGCUGAGGCUAUUCGUUUCCGUUGGUAUGGUCCUAUGAAAUCUAGAAGUAUCUUUAUUGAGCGUAAGACUCAUCAUGCUUCUUGGUUGGAUGGUGCUUCCGUCAAGGAUCGUUUCAGACUCGAUGUCGAUGAUGUUACCAAGUUUUGUGAAGGCGAGCUUACCCCCGAUGAAAUCACUGAUCGCAUGCGCCAAAAGAAUGUGGAUGAAAAGACGUGCGAAGAUACCCAUUUCAUUGCUAGCGGUAUUCAAAAAUCAUUACAAGAAAAGCAUCUCAAUCCUGUUUGUCGUGCUUUUUAUAACCGUACUGCUUUCCAACUUCCUGGUGAUCAACGUGUUAGAGUAAGUUUGGAUACAGAUUUGUGUUUCAUUCGUGAAGACAACUCAGAUGGUACCGUGCGUAGAGCAAAAGGAGAAUGGCGUCGUCCUGAUGUAGCUAUCGAUUAUCCCUUCCCCCAAUUAGAUGAAACUGAAAUUUGUCGUUUCCCAUAUGCUGUAUUGGAGACAAAGUUACAAACUCAUUUGGGACAACAACCCCCAGACUGGCUCACUAAGCUUGUUGAUUCCCAUUUGGUGCAUGAGGUCCCUCGUUUCUCCAAGUAUCUUCAUGGUGCUUGCUACUUCUUCCGUAGCCGUAUGCCCUUGUUACCUUGGUGGUUGCCUGAAAUGGACAUUGAUAUCCGCAAGCCUCGUGCCACCAACUUUGGUUUAACUCGUUCCAAAUCUUUCAAACCUCUUAUUGAUGGUCAAUACCGCCGCGCAAUGGAAGCUGAAGAACGUCGUCUUAAUGAUGUUGCUAAAACAACAGAGCCCGUUGCCACUAAAGGAGAUAACGACGAAGCAGAAAACAAGGCCACCAAACCUACAAUAAAUUCCGAUAUCAAACGUCGUACACCUUUACGACAAAACAAAUAAACUCUAGACUCAUCAUUUCACCCUCACCCAUAUAUAUUUUAUUACAGUAAUCACACUUUUUUUCUAUUUGGCCUGUUUCCUUUAUUUUUUUCUAUCUUGGUAUGUACAUAUAAACACCCAUUUUUUUCUUUAAAUCAAAAUAAAAAAACAUUCUAUAAUAUACCAUCGGA